UUUCGAUUUUCGUCGACAAGUUGAACCGCGGGCAGCGGCAGCAGCAUGACGAUGACCGACUUUGAGAUGGACGAGUCGGACGUCCUCUUCGGCGGCGACGACGACCUCAUCAUGGACCACGUCGAGCCCGACAUGAUGGACUACCUCCUCGACGAGCAAGUGCUGCAGAAGCUCAAGGAACCUGCGGGCCAUGCGAUCCCGGGCGCGCGCGCCGUCGUCGAUGCGCGGACCGAGACCGACCAGCUUCUGCGAAGCCAGUCGAUGCCCAACAAGUCGUUUUUAUCGGGCGACGAGCAAAAGUGGCGCAUGAAGUAUCUGAGCCGGUUGCACAUCGCCAACGGCGGCGACGAGACGACGCGCCACGAGCGACGCAGCCCGACCGAGACCGAGACCCGGCGGUUGCGGGCCAUGUCGAUGGCGCACCCGUCGUCCGGGCCGAUCCAGAUCCCGUUGCAUCCAUCGUCCACGCCGACGCAGUCGACCGUGCCGAUGGUGCCACUGCCCCACGGACGCAAGCCGUCGUACGAUAGCGAGUACGACGACGCGGACCGGUACCGGCGGCAUUUAGACCACUUAGACAGCAUGGAGAAGGACGACGACCAGUUUAUUCCUCCGCACCAAAUGAUCGACCGAGGCUGCUUCUCGCUCGGCAUGAAGCAUCACUUCAGACAAAAGCCAGGCAACAUCUAGCUGGCGACAAUCUCUCUCACAUAUAUAUAAACCGUUGGUAGUUGGUAUCUGCAUCCUCCGACUUCCUCCGUGGGUGCCGCCGACGCCUUGGCGUCCCUACGUGCAGUGCCACCACCUGGCUCAUACAGUGUACCUCUCGGGGCGCGGACCAUCGCGGUCGCGAGGGUGGCAACUGGGUCAACCCGGCGCACGCACGCCCGUGCUGCGCCAACCUGCCCAGCUGUCCUGCCCACGAUGAGCACCGGCGGCCAAGCGAUACCGGUUGUCUUGAGAGGCCAGGCUUGUCAUUGCACUGCGCAAAGUGAUAUGCUCAACAAUUCCCACUGCCUGACGACAUCUGCUGCUUCAGCAUCAUGAGCGGAGGAGGAAGGGGCAGUGCUCUUGACCAGUCAAGCUUGCAGGAGGCGCUGCUUCGUCGCCCAUCGUCAUCGACUGCGUCGCGAAGCUGCAUGUUGAUGUGGUCGUUCGAUUCCAGCCGGCCACGACGACGAGACAGCCAUCCACCAAGCAGGAUGGGCGUGGCCGCCACCCGCACACUAUUCACGAGACAGUAGGAAAUAGAGUGGCCAAGAAACGAUUGUAGCGUUUUAAUACUAUUUCGUAAUACACGGAGCACAUAAAAUAAUGUGA